CCGAACCGUUUCCAGCGUCAACAAAAGCGAAGCAGCAGCAGCGAUAUCGGAAUUUCGUGCGCCGGUUUGUCAUAAUGGGAUGGAAGCAACUGGGCAGCCCGAACCAGAUAUUUAUUCUGCUUAAAGGGAAGCAUGAUUGCUUAAAUUAUUGGGACUGGCUCUGAAUACAGUUUUGGGAGCUAUCAGCAUAACAAAAGAAUUUCCUAUUCUUCAUAUUUUAAGAGGAACAUAAAAAGAAAUAAGAAAUCAUUGUGGUUAGAAUGGCUGGCAAAGUGGGUAAACGAAUUGCUUGGAGUGAACAGGAAAAUUUUGAUGGGAAACCUAAAGCCUCCCCUGAGCAAUAUGAGCCACUCAUUGUCUGCAAGAAGAACUUUGAAGAAAAAGGGUGGAGGGCUAAUAGUAUUCAGUGGGACAUGGAUGUGCAACCUCUCAUCUCUUCCACUAAAUGGCUUCACCUUCAUGGACUCAAGAGGAACAAGUUGACCUUUUCUCAUAUUUUAUCCCAAAUUGGAUUUCAACACAGGGAAGAAUAUGUGGCCAUCUUGGGGAAACUUGUGGCUUCUCGAUAUUCAAACAGGUUGUAUCGUCAAUACACAAAAGACCAUGAUGGAAAGCGAUACAAUCUGACAGCCAAAAAGGACCUUCUCAUUCAUUUUGUGGAUUGCCUUACUGUAGCUAUUGAUCUGUAUAAACAAAGAAUGGAAUGGCUGACCACUGAAAGCCGGCAAAUAUUUGGAGUGAUCCAGGAACAGUCCAUUACGAUAGUUCUGGAUAUUGGUGUUUCUUCUCGAGCUGAAUUUAAUCUGUGUUGUCAGGCACUUCGCAUGGUCCUCACACAGCAGGUGGCCCAAAUAGCCAAAUUUAAUCUCAUUCGGGCUGCUGAAGAUCCUGUGAAGUGGCAGGAGAAAGCUGUUCCUGUGACCGAGAGUUCUGUGAAGGCUGCUGUCAAGUGGCUAUGUACAUUGGACCACCUGCCAGCUGUUUGCCACACAGGCCCCAUUGAGGCUCUCUCAGAGGCAGUGUGUGACGAUACGAUAGAAGCUGUGUACUAUUUUGUUGUGGAUGAUUUGCCUGAAUGCAUGAAGCACUUGCUCCUGCAGAAGAUCUCAGAGAGCCCAUGUCCAGUCCAUACUGUAUCUUUUAAUGCCAGGGAAGAAGAAACAAUCACUUUCUUAAAGGAACUGAGUCAUCUGACCAGUGGCAGGUUCCAUGCGUUUGCUGAAAGAACUGAUGGUCUAGAUAUGCCAGAAGUGUCAACAAAUUGGCAUGAAGAGGAGACAAGCUUGCCUGCCCAGGACUUGACAAAACUGAAAGGGAAGCUGCCUUUAGGAGCAGGUGUCAGAGAAGAUGUGUUCUUGAUCUGGAAGGAGCUGGAGGAAGCAAGGAAUGCACAACUGCAAGUUCAGAGAAUUUUGGAAGAGUUCGAAAAUUCGGAAUCAGCUAAAGUGACCAAAGUUGACUAUUCAGCAUAUGAUGUCCAGGAUACCGGGAGUACCAAGAUGUGGCUUCAAAAGAAUGGUUUGAAGGCCCAGAACUUGAUUAUGACGAAAGCAUUUGGUACUUACACCUUUCGUCAUGCAGAUGGGGUUGUUGACAUAAAAACCAAACCAGAGAAUGAAUAUUUGCAAACUGAUGCUGAAACAAACAAGAAAACAAUCCAUGCAAAGUACUGUGACAAAUUUACGAAUAUGUAUUUGCAAGAUGGGACUAUAGCCCAUGUACAUCUUGAUACUGAAAAGUAUUUGCAAUAUGAAGACAGAAUGAAGAAUGCCCUCAAUCAAAUGGAAAGCAGACUUCAGGAUCUGCAAAAAGGGAGCAGAGCACUCUUCGGGGAUGUAGUUGAGGAUAACAUUUACAUUCUCAUUGAUACGUCUCAAUCGAUGAAAAAUAAACUGCCACUUGUGAAGGAGAAAAUAGUUCAGCUUAUUCGGGAACAACUUCGAAACAAAACUCAAUUUAACCUUGUUAAAUUUGACGCUGAAGCAGUAGCUUGGAAAGAGAAACUUGCUGACGUUAAUAAGCAUAAUUUGGAGGAUGUGUUGCUUUGGGUAAAAGGGCUGAAGGUUGGAAGUUCUACAAAUACACUGAAAGCGCUUCAGAUUGCCUUUGAUGAUAGUAAAACUCAAGCCAUUUAUCUUCUUACUGAUGGGAGACCUGAUCAGCCUCCCCAAACCAUUUUAGCCCAGCUUCAACUUCAGCGGAAAAUUCCCAUUCACACAAUUUCCUUCAACUGUGAUGAUACCAGAGCCAAUACAUUUUUACACCAGUUGGCCAAUGAAACAGGUGGACGGUUUCACUACUUUCAUAUUUGUUUGUUGGACCCUGAUGCUCCAAAACCUUUUGAGUCUGAGGAUAUAUAUCUUCUUAAGAAAGAGAUUGAACAAGGGGUUAAAGAACUGGAGAAAAUAAAAGCCUUCUACGCUGAUAACUUAUUGAUGGAUUGGUUUAAUGGCGCAAAAUAUUGGGAACAUAAACAUCGCAAACAGGCUUUUACUGCAUCCACAGUAAGCACACGAGUUGAGGGCCUGAAUCCCCCAUCUCCAAAUAGGCCAUAUUGUGCCUCUGAAGAACCAGCAUCAGCUUCUCCACAGCCUGGUACAGAUGGACGUCAGGCACACUUUGAGAGUCCAACCAGAAAGAAGAAAGCAUUAUAUGCAGAGCAAACCAGGAGCAGUAUGCUCCGAACUCUGCGCUAUACAGCAAAGGCAUUCGAAAGUAGUCCUAAUGGGAGGCCAUCUCCUGAAAGAAAAGAGCUGAAGACUCAAAAGCCUGAGAAAAGAAAGGAUAAUGACCCUUUAGAUAACUCUUCAGUUCAGUGGCUAAAGACUCAUGGUUUGGUUGCUAGGCGACUCACCAUAAUGGAUGCCUUAGCUCCAACAGCUGUUCCUCGCACAGCAAAGUACAUUCCAAUUCUAGACAAACACGUUGUUUCAAAAGUAUUUGAUGAUGUCUUCCCUUUUGCCCAUGUGAGCAACGAUGCAAAGUGUAUGACGUUGAUUAAUCCUCUGGCAGUAGAUCUUGAUGCCUACAAGAAGAAGCUGCAGGAAGCACUAAUAACAUAUGAAAGGCGCCUCGAUCAAAUUGUGUGGAAAGCAUUGUCUCAGGAGGAAAAAGACAAGUAUGGACAGGACCAUCCAGUCUCGUACCUGGAACACAAGGAAUUUUUGCUGCCGGCUUUAGAAAAACUGGAUUGGCCCAUCACCUAUGAAGAUGUGACACUGCUGGAGAAUGAGAUUCUGACAGGGUUGACAUAUAUGGAUCAGGCCUCUGAACUCCAAGUAGCUUCCAAAGAAGAAUAUCAGAAAAUCUGUCCAUUUCAUCUCUACCACUCAAGAGAGAUUCAACAGAAAAUUCGAGCAAAACCACAGGUAAAGAAGAAGCAAAAAGGAAAAACAUUUGAUAGCCUUCGAGGUCGUAAGGUCGUUGCAAGAUCAGAAACCACAGGAUUUUAUUAUCCAGGGACUGUAAUAAGAAGCAUCACGACUUCUUAUGCACUUAUUGAUUUUGCUAAUGGGGAGACUGAGAUUGUACCAUUGAAGUUCAUUUUGCCAGUGGGAGGAGCAAUGCCUUGUCCAUCUUUGCAGGUUGGCGACUAUGUAUUUACCCGAAUUAGGAAAAUGUCAGGAGAGGAGUAUUAUGUGCCGGGUAUUGUCAUAGCAACACCUAAUAAAGCUGCGGCUGAGGAUAAACUCUACACAGUUUUGAAACACAACAACAGAAAGGAGCAUUGUGUACGAAAUGGGCUUAUUAAAAUCAGCUGCAGAAGGUAUACCUGUUCCUGCUGUUACAUCAACAUGACACAGAUGAUGGAUCAGCUUGUACCAAAUGUAAAGGUUGUGAGGCACUUCCAUAGAUCAUGCCCAGCUGAGGAGAAAGAACCAACAGUAGCUGUAGGUGGGAACUGGAACAAAAAGAAGAAGGCUAGGAAAGGAAGAGCUAAGAGCAAGAAGGAGCCUGGCAAGGAGUGGGCUUCCUCCGACUCUGAUGAGAAGUUGUUCGCCCCUAGAAGGAUAGCCAAACGGAGACCAAAGAGUUUAUCACCAUCACCUCCCAUCCAAGAAGAAAGUGAAGCACCUGUUUGUGGCAAUUCUUUGGUCCCUUUCCUUGCGAGGUGCAGACCAGUGUGGCUGCCUUUAAACACUUCGGAUCACAAGCUGCGCAAGCGUCUCCAUUGCUCUCGUUGCCCGACUGAGCACCAGGGGAGCACCCUUCAGCUUGUCAGCAGCAGCAGCAGCAAUUGCUCCCUGUCAAGUAUUGAGAAGGUGGAAGAUUUGGCGCGGCGGCUUCAACAGUAUCACAUAGCUCAGAGGAAAGGCCACUCUCCAGCUGCCAAAAAGGAACAACACCAACUGUGAAGUUGGGGGAGGGGGAGUAGUUACCAUCUACAAAACUGUAUCAUAUCAAGGCCAAAUAAACCAUUUAAUUUGAUAUUAAAUUUUUAAUAUUAAA